AUGUCUAACCAAGGCUUAUCGGCCCCUGGGACCAGCGUGUACAACGCGGACUCCAUGUAUGUCGGUGAUGGCACGUGGGACUCGCAGCGCAACACAUUCCUGCUGCCGAACUUGCAAGGCUUGAAUUUCGAGACCAUGCGCUACAAUGGCAUGGGCAAUCGCUUUCGCAACAUGAUCAAUUACAAGACAUACGUCACCGCGCACGCUGUUCUAGCAGGCAUAACGUUCCUUUUCGUCAUACCAGCGGCAAUAUUCAUGGCUCGAUUCUAUCACCGGAAUCCGCGGACCGCAUUACGGUUCCACAUUUGGCUACAAAUUCUAGCUGUACUUCUUUCGACUGCCGCCUUCGUACUGGGAUUCCAAGCUGUUGGACUACAACGAUCGCUGACCAAUCCGCAUCAUGGCAUUGGUGUCGCCCUGUAUACCCUGGUGCUAAUUCAGGCCAUUGGUGGCUCUGUGAUUCACCGAUGGGAGCAGAACAAGGAGCGGUUCAAGAUCCCGCUCAAACUUAUGAACCGGAAGAACUGGAAGCACACGCAGCAGAAGAACCGGAUACAGCAGAAGUGGGCUAGGAGCUAUAGCAACAGCUGGAGCAGCAGGGGCUGGUCUGGCGGCGUUGAGAAACCGAUCGCGCGCAACGAUUCGCGAUCCCGUGUUGAAUCCCAAUUCACAGACUCGUACAUGAGCGAUGAAAAGUAUCGUGCGGGGAACAAGAAGACCGGCACCUGGAAAGAGCGUUUACUUGGUGCUGGAGCUGCUGUUGGAGGCAUAUUCGCAGUCAAAUCUCUGUUCAAUCGCAACAAGAAGCAUCACGCACCAACAGAAACCGGAAGCGACGUCAGCUACACCCGUCCACUAGGACCUUCCGAGAUUACGCAAACUGAUAUAAGCCGGCUCGAGGAAGGAAGAGCGCCAGCAUCACCAGCAAACCGAGACGACUGGCGCCGCGUCGAAGAGCGAGAGGCUGCCCAAGCAGCAGCCAUGGCAGGAAGUCCACUGCGCCAAGCCAACCGCCCACCAAGAAGUGCGGGAUCAAUGGAUUCCUUCGACAGCAGGACUAGCUUCAACGAUGAUCUCGAUUCAAGGCUGCCUGAAAGAUCAUACGGACUCAAGGAAGGAGUGGCUACUCUCGGAGUUCUUGGUUUCCUGAAACAUUCGUUAGGAAGGCGGAAGACCAAAAGAGAAGACGCGCGUGCGGAAUCACUAAGACAGCAUGAUCUCGAGGAAGAGCGCAUUGCUCGAGCAAACAGUAACCGCCGCAAGUAUACUGGUGAUGGUAUUCCUCCCCGUCGAAACCGACCUUUGUCGACGGAUUAUUCUGAAAGCGACAUCACUGGAAUAACACCAUCCUUGGCACGACCUGGUACUAGACCACCAGUGGAAUCAACUCUUGGGCCCUCGACUGCACCUAUUCGACCUCCACCGCAUGCCGAUGUUCUAUCUGAUACAGGAUCUGAAUUGUACAACUCGCCCAGCGGUCGUCCCCAUCGUCGCCACCAGGAUGCUAGUCUCCUAGGACCUGCGCUUGCUGGCGGAGCUGAUGCUUCUGCUAUUUCAAAUGGCUCACCGUCACGGAGAGGAAAUGGAAAGCGUCGUAACAGCCGUGAAAGUGGUGUAGCCUCGCCUCCCGUCUCUGUCAAAGUCAAGAUGCACAACGAUGGCAGACAUGUGACACUGAGGAGACUGAACGAAGAGGAAGCUGCUGCCGAACGAGAGGCGAGAAGAAAAGAAAGGCAACGGAAGAAUCGAGACGGAAGCAGAAGCUCGCUCGGUGAGUUAGGCGGUGACCGUUGGCGCAGGACGGAAGCUUUGGAGGCGCAGCAGGCACAACAAAUGGGACAAUCUUCUAUACCGCCUCCUCCGCCUAUGCCAGGCGCUCCCCUGCGCAUGCCAGAGCCAACUAUUCCACCUCCGCCUCCAGGCCCACCCCCAACUUUCGGAGGCCAAGGAAACAUACCGUUGCCACCACCUCCUCCGAUGCCCGUCACGUCGCCGACUGUGCUGAGCAGUCCACCUGGGACUCAUGUGUAUGGGACUGAGACCGAUGUUAGUGCCUACGACUCCAAUAGGCGAAGACGAAGAGCAGAGAGAGCGCAGGCAAAGGCAGCGCGCUCUGGUGGCAGCCGAGUUGAGUUUUCAUGA